CUUUAGGCUACUCAACUGUACCACGGGUCAAGCUGAGCUGGACUGCUUCCGUCAAGCAUCAGUGCCCGCGUUGGUGAAUGCAUAUAAUUCCUUGACAAGCUACAAGGCAUCAAGCGGACCGUUUCAGAACCUGACUUUCGGACAAUCUGGUGCAUUUCUACCGAUGAUUGACGGAGUAACGUUGACGGAUUCCGUUACACGACUCUUUCAGCAAGGCAAAGUGGCGCGUGUCAGCGUGAUCGCAGGCUUUGUCAAUGAUGAGGGAGCUAACACAGCUCCUCGCAAUUCGACGACUCUGAGUCCCGCGACAAAUUCAAUUUGGAACUUGACAGACAGCCAACUAAAUCAAGUCGUCAGUUACUACCCAAACAACGCCACUUUCGGUUACACUAGUCCAGACAAUUUCUUCCUCACCCCCUUCAAGGCCUACAUAAUGUCUUUAAGCCCGUUUGGCGAGGCUGGAAUCACUGGCUCAGAACGAGUCGUCAGCAAGGGUAUGAGCAGUGCUAUGGGGUCGAGCCGCGUAUGGUCGUUUCGCUUCAAUGCGCCAGGCGUUGCAACCUCCGGUAACCUGACGUAUCCUCUCAACUAUGUUGCUCAUUCAGCAGACAAUUCCUACCUCCAGAACGCCACUGCUGUUAUGACACCUCCCGAAAAAGCUAUUGCACUCGAGUGGCGUGCUUACAUUGGGUCCUUCAUCCGGACUGGUGACCCUAAUGCGGAGAAAUUGCCCUUGUCGCCUACAUGGCCAAGUUAUGGAGCUCUCGGUGAUUAUAUAAACUCUCCUGUCCGCCUCGUGCCUCAGUUUGCGUACUCUAGCAAUGCCAACUCGAGCUUCCCUACCAGUACACAGCUCGAGGUUGCACAGAAAGCGCAACUUGAACGGGAGGAUUGGUGGACAUCAAAUGCUUUGCUGGAAGCCACCAAACUGUAGCUAGUCAGUUAAGUGCAAUGUCUCUUCCUGGGACGAAUCUUACUCAGUACCACAAGAAGUUAGUACAAGCCGGUAGACUUUUUGAAUAAUCAAGAAGCAGU